AUGAUGCUUGAAAGAUCAAAGAGUGUUGGGUUUAAGACAAUUCCAUCAGAUGGAAGUGGAACAGACCUUGCUUCUAUCUGGGGAUCUCAAGGACUUGAAUCAAAUACUCCUCCUUCUUCCCCUGUUGCAAAAAAUUCCCCAACCAUGUUCUCAUUACUAAGUUUGAAUACACCCAAAUCUCCGAAGAAGUCAUUAUAUGUACCUCCACGUAUAGAUUCGCCUUCUCCGAAGAAAUCAAGGCCAAAGCCAGUAGAUUAUAUGUAUUCAUCAAUAUCAUUGACAUCAUCACAGAAAGUCAGCUUCGAUUCUAUUUACAAAUCUACAACAACUUAUGUUUAUAAGGGAAAUGAGAAUCAAAAUCUUGCAUGGGAAGAUUUUAGGAGGAUAGUUCAGGAUGCUGAAGAAAGUAUAGUUGCAACUCCUAACUUAGUAUUUCAAUUCAAGAAAAAGGUAGUUAGCGCUAAAGCAUUAACAUCUUCUGCUCAAACGAAAUUGGAUAAAAUUACAGAUGAACUAUCAAACAUUGAUAUAGAGAAAGCAUUAUCAUUGAUUCAAGAUCUUUCAAAAGUAGAAAAAUUAUCGAUUUACUCGACUUCUCCAUUCAAUUUUAGCGUUGUUACACCGAUACAUCUAAAAUAUACUGAGGUAGGAUCUCAAUUAGGUCCUCUUCAUAGGUAUGUGUUCAAUGGGUUUAUAUUCCCAUCCACUUUAGAUAAAUUCAUGCACGUUUACACAGAUUUAGGUUCUGUUAAACGAUAUACAGUAGUUUUACAUUAA